CAAUCGUCCGCAAGCACACGAGAGGUGCUGCAGCUAUCGCUUCGCGUAAAGCGAAAGAUUGUCCAAGUCGCGCGAGCCCGCACUAAAAAGGUUUCAAUUCGCUAUACCAGGUACUCCCGUCAGAAAGCGGCCUUGUUGUGACCACAACAACUCUCUCGAUCAUUCCGUUUUUUUUUGCUGUGCCCGACACGUGGAGUUUCAUAGGAUGGCUACCGGAGUCCUAGUGAGCUACCCUUCGCCGGCGCUGCACGGGUCGUCCUCAGCGGUCUUCAAGAAAGACCUGGGCAUCUGGCAUUCAAAGUCAGACCCCAUGCUGGUGGCACUGUCGCACAACUCUACGGCUUGCUGCUGGAACCAGGACAACUACUGGAACGGCAUAGAAGACUCGGCAGAUCAAGAGGUGCCGACACAAGGAACCGAUGCCGUCACCUUGGAGGGCCUCAAGAGCCUCUACAACUGCUGCUUCACGUGUGGAGUGAGCUGGGCUGAGGACCAGGCUUCUCUGGAUUGCGCCGAGUGCGGGGGCUACGCCUUGCACCGCCCUUGUGUCCACUGCAACGGAAGCUGCGGAACAGUCUGGAGAAGGGACUUAGUUGCUUCCCACAACCUGAGGCGCUCCCAGUGGAUCGGCGAGUGUCAGAAGACCCCUUGAGACGCUGCUGUCACAAAGAACCAAGAUUCUUGAAUACUUGCCUUCAUACGUCUACCUUCGAGCAACAGCGCUGCCAUCAACUGCACAUAGACAAGCGAUCGACUAUCGCACCUUUUUCAAGUCACCUUAAUGGGAGCCUGAACUUUGCCGCUGCACAAACAAGGCCACUGAUUGUGUUUCGUCGGUACGCCGCCGCCAACCUUCCAACCCCAUAUGGCAUCAUUGUCCAAAGAAUCUGCCAGACACGGAUACCAAUGGCAGUGUGCCGGGGGUAAAGAUAUUUCACGUUGUCGUCGUCCAGCGUCUGGCUCCGUCUGCAGUACCAACUUUGAUAGACGGUCUGUCACUGCACAAUGGAACAAAUGGUCCCACUAAUGGUAUACCCGUGUCAUCUGCAACAUUUCGACGCGUGCAAAGUGGAUUGCUCCAGUUGGGUUGGACUGGAGGGUAGCGAAUCACCAUGACUGGAAAAUGUCCUGUAUAUAUACGUACGUGACGCUCGUCGCUUCAAUCCCUGUGGUCAGUUCUCACCAUAUCCAAUAUCAUUUCUCUUCCCGCUUUAAUUGAUGUUAAAAGAAGGGUUUAUACAGUGAUUCCACACUUCUAAAACAACGCGAACGUAACAAUGCCUGUGAACAUUGGCAUAUGCGCGGACAGAUGAAACGUUGCUUUCUGCGUUUUAUUUUUGUCUUGAAUGUGGCGUAACUUGUAUCACACAAUCAGCGAAAUCAUAUUCAACCAUUCAUGUGGUUUCGAUCGCUAUUUCAUACAAAAGAAGGUGUCUUUUAAUCCAGAACAAGUGGCCAGACUCCUGAAAAUUGACGCCUUUAUGUUAGAUUUAUUUUGCGGCCGCAGUCAAGCAACGGCCAAAUGCCAAAGGCAACACAUUUUUCUUUUUACUGUGACGAUAAAGGUAACGCUAGGGUAACUUUUAUAACGUACGUUUGGCAUUCUCUCCUAGCGAUUUAAAGAUACUACAGACAACGUUUUAUUGAUGGGAAUACAUUUCGAUACCACGAACCAUCAGUACAUAUCUUCGUCGUCACUUUCUGUCGUGUUUUGUGGAACAAACUGCACUGUUAUCUCCAUAAAAAUGAACAUCUGUACAUUGAACACGCAGUGGAGGCACAUAAUUGUGAGAGCUAUUUCUCAAGAUAACCCGAAAAAAAUUUCGUGCAGAAAAGUGCUUUUUGACUUGAACGAUCCCUAUGGGAAACCAUGAUUCAAAAGUUAAACGCUGGUAACAUGACGUCUCCAGCUGCAAGCUCUUGGAGAUUGCAACAGUGCAUUUCGUCAUGGCUAAUGAGUCCCUAUAUACUAGCGACUGGUAUGUCGCAUCUGCCACAUGCUACACCCAUCUUGUCUCUCACAAUUGUCUCUAUGAUUUACAUAUCAUUGUGCUGUACUUCGAAGCAGCAGGUUAAUUCACUUACACACCAAAGCUGGCUUUGAUGCCUGUGUACAUUUUGUCUCUUCUUGAAGCAGGGGAACUGAACAUUUCCUCUUUUUUUUUAUGCCAAACUUUUAUCUAUUAUGGGACAUGUUUUCAGCUGUAAAGUGAUGCUGUUACAAAAUACACUAUGUUCUUUCUACCACUUCUAGAUUACUAUUUGUGCGGUAAUAGAUAAUGUGAUGGUUAAACAUGAAGGACAUUUUUAGACGAUGCUUCACAGAACCAUUCGUGAGACAAGUUGCCUGGGUAUGCGAGGGACCAAACCGCAGAGGGCGAAUUUUUAUAAGUGGAGGAGACAUAUACCACAUAUGCCGAAGCAUAAAAUGUCCAACGCCCAACUUAGCGAGUGGUUAGAGGAAGUACACAGGCAUAUAAAUAGCUGAAGCCAUCGUUAACACAGCAGGCCUGAAGGAAAAUUACUCCGCCUGACAAUGUCUGAUUUGUUGCAUGUAAUUAGCGUAAAAAUAGCUCUUAUAAAAUUACUCGCUCUCAGCACAGCAACCAUGGUUUAUCAUAGAAUGUGCCGCAGUGAGCAGUUUGUUCACUAGUGUCUAAAGCAAAGACAAGUGCAUAUACAUAUAUAAAAAGAUGUGAUGGUUAAGAAAUACGCCACCAUAAGCAUUCAACUUUACGAUUGUUAAUGUAUAUAGAUAACACAUAGUGCGCUGUUCCCGCAUUUAGUUUUUUGGACGCCUGUGGUUAAAGUGCGAGUCUGCAGAUUUUCAUAGACUUGCCACAGGCAUGUUCACCGUGCGUGUUCUGUCUAUUGAGCCAUGUAUCGGGAAAUGUUAUCUUUCGCGAUUUCUACGAUUCUCAAUAAAAUUUUCACGGAAUCUGUAA